AUGCAUACCCAACACCCCCUCAAGAAACAUGUUCUGUACUCCAUCAUUACAGUAGCUGCCAUCGGAUUCGCCUCCCUUAUAUCCGUCUGCUACUUGAUCGCCUACAUCCGGACAAAGUCAAAGAAUGAACAUCCAUACAUCACAGCCGAGAUAGUCGGAGGAAGAUUUUCUUCUACAGCGGCCAAACUGAUCGAUGCCGCUUUCUCCAUGUUGGUAGCACCAGCCAUCCUCGCAAUUUCCAACUGGCACAUGUUCAAGCUCGCCCGCCUUUCUGCUGUCAACGAGCACCCCGGACGAAGCUCAGCAGUCAGCAUGAAGGUUCUAGUCGAGGUUGCCAACACUGACUGGGGCUCAUUCAGCCCACUCAAGUUCUGGACCUUUGCUCGUUCGAAAAGACCCCGUGUCAUUUGCCUUGGAGUUAUCGCUAUGCUUUCAGCUCUGAGUUUUGCACUGUUGAGCAACGUCGUCGCAUAUCAAGCCGGAGUGAUGCUCGAGUACUUGUAG